GAAAUGAGCGGACAGCAGAGACAGCGCAGCGCCACAACGGCGGCCGGCCCAGUCAGGACGCUCUUUACAAAACAGGCUGGGAAGCGGAGCUGCAGUAGUUUUGAGUGUGUUUUUAGGGGGUUCUUCUGAGAAACUUUGACUUUAGAGAACUUAUUUUAUCCAGAUGGAAAUGAUUAGGAAGUACAGCGCUCUCUCCUCCGUGGUACCCUGAGGUCAGACCCGCCGAGCGCAGAGAUGGAUUCUUUCUUCGUGGAGGGAGCGCGUGUCUGGCUCAGACACAAAGAGCACUUGCUGCCUUCCACCGUCAGCUCCUGUGAUGACUUGUGUCUGGUUCUAGGGACCGAAUAUGGAAAGGUAGUUCAUCUGCAAAGGGAGGACCUGAGCAGAGAGACUGUCUUCCUGAUGCACCCCAGCAGCAUCCAUGGAGUUGAAGACAUGUCUACACUGGCAGAGCUGCACGAGGCUGCCAUCAUGUACAACCUCUUCAUGCGCUACCAGAAAAACAACAUCUACACUAACAUUGGCUCCAUCCUGGCUGCAGUAAAUCCUUAUAAGCAGAUAGCAGGCCUGUAUGACAGCACUGCUGUUGACCUGUACAGCAAGCACCAGAUGGGGGAGCUGCCGCCCCAUAUCUUUGCUGUGGCCAAUGAAUGCUACCGCUGCCUGUGGAAGAGACAUGACAGUCAGUGUGUUCUCAUCAGCGGAGAAAGUGGUGCUGGGAAAACGGAGAGCACCAAGCUGCUGCUGAAGUUCCUCUCUGUGAUGAGUCAAAACUCAGCCGGAGCUCCUCCAUCAGAGAGGACCACCAGGGUGGAGCAGGCCAUCGUUCAGAGCAGCCCCAUCAUGGAAGCAUUUGGGAACGCGAAGACGGUUUACAACAACAACUCCAGUCGCUUUGGGAAGUUCAUACAGCUCCACUUCUCUCAGAGUGGACACAUUCAGGGGGGCUGCAUUAUUGACUACUUGCUGGAAAAGAACCGUGUGGUCCGACAGAAUCCUGGAGAAAGAAACUACCACAUCUUCUACGCUCUGCUGGCAGGGGCAGACAGAGACCACAGAGACAUGUACCUCUUGUCUGAAGAUCCUGAGUUGUAUUACUACUUGAGCCAGUCAGGAUGCCUGCAUGACAGCAGUCUUGAUGACAAACAGCUCUUCAACAGUGUCAUGGAAGCCCUGAAAGUGAUGGAAUUCACUGAGGAGGAGAUCAGAGAUGUGUUCAAGUUGUUGUCAGCAGUCCUCCAGAUGGGCAACAUUGAAUUCAUGACUGCUGGAGGAGCUCAGAUCACUUCAAAAGGAGUGGUCAGUAACGUCAGCGAGCUGCUGGGUCUGGACUCAUUCCAGCUGUCGGAGGUUUUGACCCAGCGCUCCAUGAUCCUUAGAGGAGAAGAGAUCUGCUCCCCCCUCACUGUGGAGCAGGCGGUGGACUCGCGCGACUCUGUUGCCAUGGCGCUUUACUCUCAGUGUUUUUCCUGGAUCAUAAUGAGGAUCAACCAGAAGAUCAAAGGAAAAGACAACUUCAAGUCCAUUGGCAUCUUGGACAUCUUUGGGUUUGAGAACUUUGAGGUGAACCGGUUCGAGCAGUUCAACAUCAACUAUGCCAACGAGAAACUCCAGGAGUAUUUCAACAAGCACAUCUUCUCGCUGGAGCAGCUGGAGUACAACAGGGAGGGAAUCCAGUGGGAAGCUAUAGACUGGAUGGAUAAUGCUGAGUGUCUGGAUCUCAUCGAGAAGAAACUGGGCAUGUUGGCUCUUAUCAACGAGGAAAGUCGCUUUCCCAAAGGCACCGACUACACCCUUCUGGAGAAACUGCACAGCCGGCACGCGACAAACCCAUACUAUGUGAAGCCCAGAGUGACUGACCACCAGUUUGGCAUCAAACACUACGCUGGCGAGGUGCUGUACGAUGUUCGUGGAAUUUUAGAAAAGAACAGAGAUACUUUCAGAGAUGACAUCCUGUUCAUUCUCAAAGACAGCAGGCUGGACUUUAUCUAUGACCUUUUCGAGCGUGUUGGAAGUAGAAGCGGGGAUGAGACUCUCAAGAUGGGCACUGCCCGGCGAAAGCCGACCGUCAGCUCCCAGUUCAGGGACUCUCUUCAUUCCCUUAUGGCCACACUAAGUGCCUCCAACCCCUUUUUUGUGCGGUGCAUCAAACCAAAUAUGGAUAAGAAGGCCAAUCAGUUUGACCCCGAUAUUGUCCUGAAUCAGCUGAAAUAUUCCGGGAUGCUGGAAACUGUGAAGAUUCGCAAAGCUGGAUUCCCAGUACGCAGAACCUUUAAGGAUUUUUACUGCAGGUACAAGAUCCUUCUAGAAAGUAAGAGCGGAUCAGACGAUGAGAAGCAGCGCUGCUCAGAGAUCCUCAUCCUUCUCGAUAAAGACAAGAAAGAAUGGAAGCUGGGAAAAACAAAGGUGUUCCUGAAGGAGGCCCUGGAGCAAAGGCUGGAGAAAGAGAGGGAAGAGGUGCGGCGCAGGGCUGGCAUGGUCAUCCGUGCCCACAUCCUCAGCUAUGUGGCAAGGAAACAGUACAAGAGGGUUUUGUCCAGCGUCGUCACCAUCCAGAAGAACUACCGCGCUCACUUCUGGAGGCGCAUGUUCCUGCGCCUCCGCUUGGCCACCGUCAUCCUGCAGAAGCAUCGCAGGGGUCAGCUCGCCCGUUCCCUCUGUUGUCAGCUCAAGGAGGAAAAGCAAAAGCUCGAGGAGGAGAGGAGGAGAAAAGAAGAGGAAGAGGAAAGAAGGAGAGUAGAGGAGGAAAGGAGGAGGAUGGAGGAGAGGAAACAACAGGAGGAGGAGGAGAUGAGAAAAAGGGAAGAGGAAGAGGAAAAACAAAGGUUGUUGGCUGAGGAGCAGAGGCGGAUGGAAGAGGAGCAGCGGACGAAGAAGGUGGAACAGAGGCUGCUAAAGGAAAAAGAGGAGGAACAGAAAUCGGCAGCUAGAGGAGAUAAAACCCGGACCUCCUUGGUGAACGGCGCCUGUCAAAAGAAGGAGCUGUCCCAGACUCUGUCAACCAACCAUACAUCUGAUGAAGAGACGCGUCAGAUGGAGGAGAUUCUGCGGCUCGAGAGGGAGAUCGAGCGACUGCAGAAGCAGCAGGAAGAUGGUGUGUCCCUCCUUGGGGAUGUCUCUCGUGAGGAGCUCCGCCAGAUGAGAGAUGCUGAGAUCUACAGGCUGGAGAAGGAGGCCUCUCGCGUGGCAACUGAGUUCCUGGACCUGCUGGAUUUUGGCGGUUUAGAACCAUCGCUCUCGAGCGAAGAAAACCUCCACGACCCCACUGAAUCAACAGCUCCUCUGGCUGAGGAGGAGGUGGACGAGGGUUUCCACGCUGAGGAUGAGUGCAUUCCUUUACCAGACUUUCCCACCCCAGCCAUGGUUCCGCUUGAUAAGGCUGUAUUUCAUAGUAUUCCUCCUCCUCCACCUGCCUUUGCAGUGGGGCUAGUGGUCUCACCAUCUUCAGUUGCUGGUCCUGGACCGGCAAAGGUCACCCAAGUUAACUCAAACAGACUCAUUUAUUCUCCUGUCCUAAAAGACUCCCAAACCCUUCCUCUUACUGUGAAAACCUACGGAGAUGAGCCGCCACUCCAGAGGGCCAGCAGAGCAUCAGUGAUUGAACCAGCAAAGGAGGAGCAGUCCAACAUGAACGUGCCAGACGCAGAGUCCGACUAUGACCAGGAGGAGUUUGAGGAUGCUCAUGGGAGCUCAGGCGCUAGCACUAAUGAUGGUCAUAUAACAGAUGAGGAGGUCCUGAGAAAAUCUUCCUGCACCCAAAACAGCCUGGAUUCCUUCAGAGGCAGCUCAGACUCGUUUAUUGACAGUGACGAGGACAAUGAUGGUUACGUGGACACGGACGAAGAGGUUUCAAAUGGGAGAGUGCAUUUGCUGAAUGGCAGUGGGCCUCCAUACUUCCAUGGCUACCUCUACAUGAAGAGUGGUCUGAUGAUCCCGUGGCGUCGUCGCUGGUGUGUGCUCAAAGACGAAACCUUCAUGUGGUUUCGUGCAAAACAGGACUCCCUUAAAUCUGGCUGGCUUUACAAGAAAGGAGGAGGGAUGUCCACUUUGUCGCGGCGGAACUGGAAGAUGCGUUGGUUUGUUUUGCGCGAGUCUAGACUGAUGUACUUUGAGAACGACAGCGAAGAGAAGCUUAAAGGAACCAUUGAUAUCUGUGCAGCCAAGGAGAUAGUUGACAAUCAUGAGAAAGAAAAUGCACUGAAUAUUGUAACUGAGGAGAGAACGUACCACAUCUAUGCAGAGUCCCCCGAGGAUGCCAGCGGUUGGUUCAAUGUGCUGAGUCGGGUCCAUAGCGCCAGCCCAGAGCAGCUCAUGGAGAUGCACCACGAACAGGCCAACCCAAAGAAUGCAGUGGGAACGCUGGAUGUGGGUUUGAUUGAUUCUGUUUGUGCGUCGGACAACCCAGACAGACCAAACUCGUUCGUGAUCAUCACAGCCAACAGAGUGAUCCACUGUAACACGGACACUCCGGAAGAGAUGCACCACUGGAUUGGCUUGCUGCAGAAAUCCAAAGGAGACACCAGGGUUGACGGACAGGAGUUUCUAGUUAGAGGCUGGUUGCAUAAAGAGAUGAAAUCCAGAGCCAAGAGCACUUCUCUGAAGCUGAAGAAGCGCUGGUUUGUCCUCACCACCAACUCACUCGACUAUUACAAGUCGUCAGAGCGGAACGCAACCAAACUGGGAACACUGGUCCUCAACAGCCUCUGCUCUGUGGUGCAACCUGAUGAGAAAGUCUUCAAAGACACUGGUUACUGGAACAUAGUUGUUCACGGGAGAAAGCACUCCUACCGACUGUACACCAAAAUGCUGAAUGAAGCCAUGCGGUGGGCCAACGCCAUACAAGGAGCCAUAGACAGUAAAGUUCCCAUUGAAACACCAACACAGCAACUCAUCAGAGACAUCAAGGAGAGCAGUUUGAAUGUGGAGGCUGUGGAGCAGACGUACUGGAGGAACCCCAUCCUGCGAUAUACCCAGCAUCCUUUGCACUCACCUCUUCUACCUCUGCCUUAUGGAGACGUCAGUGCCCAUCUGCAAAAGGAAAAAGGCUACACGACUCUGCAAGACGAGGCUGUGAAGAUCUUCAACUCACUGCAGGAGAUGGAGGCUGUGUCAGACCCCGUGCCGAUCAUCCAGGGAAUCCUACAGACCUGCCAGGACUUGAGACCAUUAAGGGAUGAGGUUUACUGUCAAUUGAUCAAACAAACCAACCACGUCCCUCACCCCAACAGCCUUGCCAACCGAGCCCACUGGCAUCUCCUGACUUGCAUGAGCUGCACCUUCCUCCCCAGCCGAGGCAUCCUUCGCUACCUCAAAUUUCACCUGAAAAGGAUUAAGGAGCUGUUCCCCGGAACAGAAAUUGAAAUGUUUGCCCAUUUUAUUGGAGAGUCUUUAAAGAAGACAAAAACCAGGGAGUUUGUUCCUUCCCAAGAAGAAAUCAUGGCCCUGCUGACCAGACAGGAAAUGACCACCACAGUCUACUGCCAUGGAGGAGGCUCCUGCAAGAUCUCAAUCAACUCUCACACCACCGCUGGAGAGGUGGUGGAGAAAUUGAUCAGAGGUCUGGCCAUGGAGGACAGCAGGAACAUGUUUGCGCUCUUCGAACACAAAAACACACUUGACAAAGCUGUGGAAAGUAGAGUUCUCGUCGCAGAUGUUUUGGCUAAAUUCGAAAGACUCGCUGGCAGCGAGGAAGCUCGUGACGACGGCAGAUGGAAACUGUAUUUCAAACUCUACUGUUUCCUGGAUGUGGAAAGCAUGCCGAAGGAAGGGGUGGAGUUUGCGUUCAUGUUUGAGCAAGCCCAUGAGAGUUUAAUUCGUGGUCACUUCCCCGGACGGGAGGAGACCCUCCAGCACCUCGCUUCCCUGCGCUUGCAGUUCCUGUACGGAGACAAAACUCGGGCUGCAUGGAGUCUGGAGAGCGUCUACCCUGUGGGUCGCCUGCGCAGUCGGAUUGUACAGUUUACUAAGGUGGGCGGGGCUUCGGGAUCAGGCCAAACUCUGGAGCGCAGGAGAACCAGCUUCCUGGAUGGGACUCUGCGACGGGGACUGAAAACCGGCUCCAUGAAGAAGCAGCGCAUGGAGGAGGAGCAGAUGUUGGAGAUGUGGGUGAAAGAGGAGAUGUCUGCCACCAGGGCAAGCAUCACAGAAAAGUGGUCCCGCCUGCUUAAUCUGGACCAGCACCAGGCCAUGGUCAAAUACAUGACCAUCAUUAAGGAAUGGCCUGGAUAUGGCUCUACGCUCUUUGAUGUUGAGUGCAAAGAGGGAGGUUUCCCCCAUGAUCUGUGGCUGAGUGUAAGCGCAGAGAACGUGUCUGUCUACAAAAGAGGAGAGUCAAAGCCUUUGGAGACCUUCCCAUAUGAACACAUCAUUUUCUUCGGUGCCCCACAGCCCUGCACCUACAAGAUCACAGUGGAUGAGAGAGAAAUGUUUUUCGACACACCAGAGGUGGCUGAGAUUACAAAAAUCAUGAAAGCCUAUAUAAACAUGAUUGUAAAGAAGCGCUGCAGUGUUAAGUCUGUGUCCAGUUAUGGAACCAACUGGAUCAGGUGAUUUAUAGGACGAGACCACAACCAUGCACCUAACAGACAACACACCCCGUGUUGACAGGUGAUAAAAGGAACAAAUUCUGGAUCCGUUUCUGACACUUGGACUAUGUGACAACAAAUAGUAUUUCCAUCCAGAGAGAAAAUGUUAAGACAAUUUAAAAACUGUUCUUUUUGAUGCAAGAAUGUUUGGCCAUCUGCAUCUCACAAGUUUUGCUUUUGUUCAUGCAGUCUUGAACCUUGUUCCUUGCUAUUUUCAGUUGCACUGGUAUUUCUUUUCACAGUACUUGAAUGGUAAUCUUGAUAUCAUCUUAAAGAUUAUAUUAACAGAGCUGUUUUAUCCAUGACUACAGAACCUACAUUUCUAACAACCUAGAGGAAUUCUCUGGAUUUUGCGUCUAAGAAAACUAUGAUUCCCUUUAUUUUAGUGGUUUUCUUUACUAACAGUGGCCCAUCAUGACAAAUUUCUCUUAAAAGGAGAUUCCCUCAGGCUUAGUGAAUAUAAUAAGAAAAAAAAGAGUCCCUCUUGCCUUACGUAACGUCUUAGAAAGCUAAUGUGUUUUUAGCGAAGAUAUGGAAGCAGAUGUGCGGUGCUUUAAAAUUGUGCCACAUGUUCACACAUAUUGUAUAAAUCAUUACAUAAAACUUCCAAAUAAUUUAAAGUAAUACUACAAAACAAUAUUUUGAGAUCAUCUGUUGCAUCACUGAAGAUGCACAGGUGAUAAACUCCAUCCAGAAAAGUCUAAAUGUUUUUUUUUUACCCCAUUAAUCUGUAAAUCGUGUUCCCAGAUGUGCUUUCAAUUUUAAGCAUCUCAUUAGAUUUGAAAUUGUUUAUUUCUAAUUUUUUUUAUGCUAGCAAUCUGGCAAAGGGGGAGUGGGCUAUUUAUUUGUGAAAGAACUGAAUGAACAUGAGAAACUUCCUGCAAUAUAUUGUUAGUUUUCUUCUUCUUUUGGGACAGAAAUCUACAUGAUUCAAAGAAUUAUAAGCUUUUCAUAACCAACUAUUCAUAAUGUCAAUUUCAUGGCGUUCUGUGGCUUCUUUGACUGUUAUAAGUAUUAAAAAAUCUGGGGUGUGCAGUUCUCAGCUCUCAUCUUCCUCAAUUUGUGUUACUUAACAGAAAAUGCUACCUGUCCUGCAGGUCAACGUAAACAGGAAUCAAACCAUGCCAGCCAAUCUCCUUCAUGACCUCCAUAUGAUUUCAUCAUAAAUAGCUUAGUAAUUACCUCACAUUAUAAAUCUUCCAUUGCGUAACCAUUUUUCUUACUUAGGCGCUCUGGUUAGCUGCCGGCGGCCACACCAGAUUCUGAGCUUGCCAAUGAUGACGACUGUAUUUCUCAGAUUUGUGACUGUUUUGAAAAAGAAAAAGAAAAAAGACCUUGAAAAUGUUUUAUAUCAGAAUUUUAAAAUGCUUUAAUAAAUUAUUCUAAAUGAAAAACA